AUGCAGAUCCCCUCCCCCCCACUGCUGCAGGGAGGUAGGAGAAGGGAGGAAGGGGGGGGGGGGGGGGCGGGGGGGGGGGGGGGGGCUGGUGCUGCAGGAGAAGGGGCGGUGCAGGAGCCGCUCGGGCGACAGCAGGUUGGCCACACCCGCCACCCCCAUACCCUCCCCCACUGCUGGGGGGGGAGCUGCAGAUCCCCUCCCCCCCACUGCCACACCCACAGCAGGGGGAUGGAGGAGAAAGGGGGGGGGGGGGGGGGGGGGGGCGGUGCAGGAGCCGCUCGGGCGACAGCAGCAGGGGGAUGGCAGAUCCCUUCCCCCCCACUGCCGCACCCGCAGCAGGGAGAUGGAGGAGAAGGGGGGGGCGAGGAGGGGGGGGGGGGGGGGGCAGGUGCUGCAGGUCCCCUCCCCCCCUCUGCUGCUCCCGCAGUAGGGGGAGGUAGGAGAAAGGUGGGGGACCUGGUACUGCAGAUCCCCUCCUGCCUCCCCCUGAACCUCCAAGUUUCCCCCCCCUUUCCCCGCCAUCCCCAUGGAGGGGGGGGAGGAGGGGGAGGGGGGCGGGGGCGGAGCUGCGCGUGCGACUGUAGGGCACGCGGGCAGGAGGAACCCCCUCUUGCCACCCCCUCACCCACCAUGGCGCAACAGGGCACCGGGGCCGCGGUUAGGGGCAGCAGGUCGCGAGGGGCCAUGGCUAGGGGCGACGGGGCCAUGGCUAGGAACGGGGCCGGGCGCUGGGCAGGUACGGGGCCGGGUGCUGGGCAGGUACGUGGCCGGGCACUUGGCAGGAACGGGGCCGGGCGCCGGGCAGGUACGGGGCCGGGCGCUGGGCAGGUACGGGGCCGGGCGCUGGGCAGGUACGGGGCCGGGCGCUGGGCAGGUAUGGGGCCGGGCACUGGGCAGGAACGGGGGCCGGGCGCUGGGCAGGUACGGGGCCGGGCGCUGGGCAGGUACGGGGCCGGGCGUUGGGCAGGUACGGGGCCGGGCGCUGGGCAGGUACGGGGCCAGGCGCUGGGCAGGAUCGGGGGCCGGGCGCUGGGCAGGUACGGGGCCGGGCGCUGGGCAGGUACGGGGCCGCGCGCUGGGCAGGUACGGGGCCGGGGCGCGGGCUAA